GGAGGGACGGCAAUUUCUGUCCCCUGGGUGAAGCUUGGUUCUGUAAAACCAAUCUUCUUUCUCUUCUUCUUCGGAGCGAUUACUAAGGGUUUUGUCCGUUUCGUACAUUUGCCCUCGGCGGAUCUAGCUAGCUUCCACUGUUAAUGUCGGGCGAGUAAGCGUCGACUGGUUUAGAUCUAGGGUUUCGUGAAUCUCAAGUACCCAUUUCGAUUUUGCUUCAAAUCAGGCAUCUUUCGAGUUAGCUUCUGCGCUUUUAGACCCUAGGGUUUUUACGGCUGGAACAUGUCGAUAUCUAAAGAACUGUAUCCUUCUGAGGAAGACUUAUUGUACGAGGAAGAGAUUCUUCGAAAUCCUUUUAGUCUGAAGCUAUGGUGGAGGUAUCUGAUCGCCAAAUCCGAAGCGCCGUUCAAGAAGAGGUUCAUCAUUUACGAGCGAGCUUUGAAAGCGCUUCCUGGUAGCUAUAAACUAUGGCAUGCUUAUCUCCGGGAACGGCUCGAUAUUGUGAGGAAUUUGCCGGUCACUCACCCGCAAUACGAAACCCUCAACAAUACCUUCGAAAGAGCUCUGGUUACUAUGCAUAAGAUGCCUAGGAUAUGGAUCAUGUAUCUUCAGACCUUAACGAAGCAGAAACUGAUCACUAGGACCCGGAGGACAUUUGACAGGGCGCUCUGUGCUCUACCGGUCACGCAGCACGACAGGAUCUGGGAGCCGUAUCUUGUAUUCGUGAGCCAAGAAGGUAUUCCUAUUGAGACCUCUCUUAGGGUUUAUAGGCGGUAUCUCAUGUAUGAUCCUACUCACAUUGAGGAUUUUAUUGAGUUUUUGGUGAGGUCGGGUCGUUGGCAAGAGACUGCAGAGAGACUGGCUUCGGUGUUGAAUGAUGACCAGUUUUAUUCUAUUAAAGGGAAGACGAAGCACAAGCUGUGGAUGGAGUUGUGUGAGUUGCUUGUGCAUCAUGCCAACGAGAUUUCGGGUCUCAAUGUCGAUGCUAUUAUCAGGGGAGGCAUUAGAAAGUUUACGGAUGAAGUAGGGAUGCUUUGGACUUCUCUUGCUGAUUAUUACAUCAGGAAGAAUUUGCUUGAGAAAGCCAGGGAUAUCUAUGAGGAGGGUAUGAUGAAAGUGAUUACAGUGAGGGACUUCAGUGUUAUAUUUGGUGUUUAUUCAAGGUUUGAGGAAAGCACAGUUGCAAAAAGUUUGGAGAUGAUAAGUUCGAGCGAUGAGGAGGAUAAUGAAAACAAAGAGAAUGGUGUAGAGGAGGAGGAGGAGGAGGAGGAAGAAGAGGAUGCUCGCCUUGAUACUUCUUUGACAGUGAGAGAGCUUGAGAGGAAGAUAUUGCAUGGGUUCUGGUUGAACGAUGAUAAUGAUGUUGAUUUACGAUUGGCUCGUUUGGAGGAUCUGAUGGACAGAAGGCCCGAACUGGCAAACAGUGUCCUCCUGAGACAGAAUCCUCACAAUGUGGAACAAUGGCAUCGUAGAGUAAAGAUAUUUGAAGGAAACCCGGCAAAGCAGAUACUGACAUUCACGGAAGCGGUAAGAACCGUGGACCCAAUGAAAGCAGUUGGAAAGCCUCACACUUUAUGGGUUGCUUUCGCAAAGUUAUAUGAAAAUUACAAAGACUUGGCCAAUUCGAGAGUGAUAUUCGACAAGGCGGUCCAAGUGAACUACAAACACGUGGACCAUCUGGCUAGCGUGUGGUGUGAAUGGUCCGAGAUGGAGUUAAGGCACAAGAAUUUCAAUGGGGCGCUCGAGCUAAUGAGGCGUGCCACCGCUGAACCAUCUGUAGAAGUCAAACGGAAAGUGGCUGCCGAUGGGAACGGACCGGUCCAGAUGAAGCUGCAUAAAUCCUUGAGGCUUUGGUCAUUUUACGUUGAUUUGGAGGAAAGUCUCGGAACUUUGGAAUCAACAAGAGUGGUGUAUGAGAGGAUAUUGGAUCUAAGAAUAGCUACCCCUCAAAUCAUUCUGAAUUACGCGUUCCUUCUCGAGGAAAACAAGUAUUUCGAGGAUGCAUUCAAGGUUUACGAAAGAGGCGUCAAGAUUUUCAAGUAUCCUCACGUGAAAGAUAUAUGGGUAACUUAUCUUUCAAAGUUUGUCAAGAGAUAUGGAAAAACCAAACUGGAACGAGCUCGAGAGCUGUUCGAGCAUGCUGUUUCAAUGGCACCAGCAGAAUCAGUGAAGACCUUGUAUCUUCAGUAUGCAAAGCUAGAAGAAGAUUACGGUCUGGCAAAGCGAGCCAUGAAGGUUUACGAGGAAGCGACCAAGAAGGUUCCGGAUGAUCAGAAGCUUGAGAUGUAUGAGAUAUAUAUCGCUCGUGCAGCUGAGAUCUUCGGAGUUCCAAGAACAAGGGAGAUAUACGAGCAAGCAAUAGAAUCCGGUCUCCCUCACAAGGAUGUGAAGACAAUGUGCAUCAAAUUUGCAGAACUGGAGAAAAGCUUGGGAGAGAUCGACCGUUCUCGUGCAUUGUACAAGUAUUCAUCUCAGUUUGCAGACCCAAGAUCCGACCCUGAAUUCUGGAACAAAUGGCAUGAAUUCGAGGUUCAGCAUGGAAACGAAGAUACCUUCAGAGAAAUGCUCCGUAUCAAGAGAAGUGUCUCUGCCAGCUACAGUCAGACGAAUUUCAUCCUGCCGGAGAAUAUGAUGCAAAAGGACAAAAGGCUCGACGUGGAAGAGGCGAAAGACGAGCUGAAGAAAGCGGGAUUGCCCGAGGACGAAAUGGCCGCACUGGAGAGGCAACUGACCUCAGCCACCAGCAAGAGCGUAGGGUUUGUGAGCGCGGGAAUCGUCGUGACUCAAUCCGGUGAUCAGGACAAUGUGAAGGCUCCGACAUCUAUGAACCAAGAGGACAUAGAGUUGCCGGAAGAAAGCGACGAGUCGGAAGGAGAAGAUGAUAGAAUGGAGAUAUCUCAGAAGGAGGUUCCUUCUGCGGUUUUCGGAGGGCUUGCCCGUAAGAGGGAUGCAGAAGACGGCAAUGGCGAAGCAGAGGAUGGCAACAAUGGCCGCCUUGGUGCUUUGGCGAGAAUCAAGAGGCCGAAGCGAGAAGGGAACAAUCAAGAUGCAGAAGCGAAGUCUUAGAUUUAGCUUCCUGUUUUUUUUUUCAAGUACAAAGAGAUGUUUGAGGCAAAAAAAAAAUGGAGGAAUUUCUUGUUGGAGUCUAUUAAAUUUCUAUCAGAAUUACUAUGAUUGUAGUUUUUUUUUUU